UAGGACAGCUCCUGAAACCCCCUUCAUCUCCCCACCCAGCUUUCCCCUCCCCUCUCUUUAUUGUGGUUACUGUUUAAUGUACCAUAUCCCGCUUUUGGUGGAGAACCUGAUGCUUCGAUGUGUGAGUGAGUGGGUGGUGUUUUCUUUUCCCCAGUUUUUGCUCUCUCUCUCUCCUUUCAUCUGUCAAACUCCAUCUCCCUCCUCUAUUCUUCUUUCGCCGCCUGAAGAGACAAUAUGAUCUCAUCUUCCUGAGUGUCUGUUCUCUUUUUCAAUCCAGUUGUAGUUCGUGACGGGGCAUCAAAUCAGGUGAGGGGAGGAAAGGAAAGGUGGUCUGGUUCGCUGUGGGGUUUGGUUCUCUCAUAGCUGGUUUUAUUGAGGGGCUGUUGUUUGGAGCUGAAGCCCUUGGAUGGUUAUGCUGGAGGCUAAGCAUAAGAGCAGGCCCAGUUGCAGUAAAGCUCUUGGGGCUAAUAGCACUGUAGUAAUUUUGAGUACCAGGAAAAAGGAGGAGGCCUUCCUCAGAUGUUAUCCAUUGAAAACCUUUCAGACCCCUCGGUUCCCUGCAAGGCUUCAGCACUGAAAAGUGAUGAGAGGGCUUCUGGUACGCUUGCCUUCCAAGAGGCAGCAGAUCCUAUAGGCCUUGCUGAUGAGACCCAGCACCCUCAUUUUUCCAUAAGAGAUUAUGUUUCCAAUUCGCGGAGCAAAGAUGUCACGAAGAAUUGGCCUUUUCCUCUCAAACUUUUGCAGCUUUGCUUAGAGUAUGGUGUUAGUGAUGUAUUGCCACCUUUUGAACCGCCUGAUUUGGUGAGAGGCCAGUGCUGCAGAAGAGUAGAAUUCGAGCAUCAGAUCGCAUGUUCGUAUAGUGAACAAAACUCAACAGAGGUCAAAUCACUUGAAACUAAAGAUAUUGGUCCAAUUCUCGAUAGCAUUGAGCAUGAAUUCUGUUUGCCACCAGAUCAAUUGGUUGUAGAGUGUUCAGAUCAAGCUCAACACUUAUUAUCAUUGUCUAGAAAAUCUAAGGUCGAUCGCAGAAUCCAUUCAGGUGAUGAACUGAUCAGUGUUGAACCUGAACCGGUCUCCACCAUUACGAAUCACGGUCGGAUCAAGAGAAUAUCGGGCCAGACCAGUGAACGACCUUGCACAGUAAAUGUAAAUAAAAGUGCUUCGGAAGCAUCAUCAGAAUUAGAGGUUGAGGAACCUCCUUUGCUGCCGGAAAAGCUUGAAGUCAGAUGUGAACCAUCGGAGAAGAAGUGCAGGUCAGUUGUAAAGUUGAGCAGCACAUCCGAGACCAUCAGGGAGGAAGAUAUAGUAUCCAGUUCCAGCACUGUUUCAGAUCCCAUGGCUUCAAAGGUUUGCCCUGUUUGUAAGACAUUCACAUCCACAUCAAACACCACUUUGAACGCUCACAUUGAUCAGUGCCUCUCUGAGGAGUCUGAUACCAAGCGGGGCGUGCCCAAGCUUUCAAAAGUGAAACCAAGGAAGAAAAGGCUGAUGGUGGAUAUCUAUACAACUGCACCCCGCUGCACGAUCGAAGACCUUGAUAGAAGGAACGGCACGAACUGGGCUGUAGACUUAGCUUUGGUGGCAGCGGCUGGUGAGGUUAGCUGUGAAAGCAAAAGACCAAAGUUGUCAAUAUCUGGUGCCUCGAAUGAUGGAAAUGAUGGGGCGGUUUAUGUUGAUUCAAAUGGGACGAAGCUUCGAAUUAUAUCUAAGUUCACUGAUGUACCACCAGUGAAUUCAAAGGAGAAUCGUAAGUUGAGGAAGCAUGUGAAAGGCAUUACAGCAGGCAAGAGUUCUUUGAUCAGCAAGAAGAAGUGUUUCAAAUCCAAGUACUCAAAGUAUAUGAAAACUAAUCAACAUAAAAAAAGAUUGUGCUCAUUCAAGCUGUUUAGAGGCAAGACUCUAGUGACACAAAUUGGAGAUUGCCAUUCAAAUACUUAUGACAAGAAGGAAGAAUCCCUAUCGUGCAUAUUGAAUGCUGAAGACCAAGCCAAGAGUCAUGGUCCUGGAACAUUAAGACAGUGGGUAUGCUCUAAACGAUCGGGUCCCUCAAGAAAAUUCAACAAAAAAGGCACCCACAGAAGUAUGGAAAGCACAGUGCCUAGCACUUUGGACACUUCUGUGGAAGGUAAUCAGCCAGAUCCAGGUAAUUCUUCUGUUGUUAAAAGCCAUAUUCUGAAACUUUCGAGGUCAGCUGAGGUCUUGGCCUCUUCUCCAAAAACCAAAAGAGUGGACAUUCUAUCUAAUUCUGUCCAUGCUACUCAUAAUUCGAAUACAAGGCCUCCAAAACCACCUAAAUUGAAUUCUAGGUUAUCUCCUGAAAACACUUCUUUAGCUAGCGGUCUCAUGCUGAAACCAUCAAGAUCAUCCGGGAAUUUUGUUUCUUCGCCAAGAAACAAAAGAGAAGAGAUACAGUUGAGUACCUUACAGAAGUCUGAUAAUUCUUCUGACAUUAAUACAAUACCUUCCGAGUGUUGUCAUCCCUCACCUCAAACCAGAAAAAGGUCAAUGUCAAAGAAGAAUGUUUUGCUAGGAAAGUCAUUCUCUUUCGAAGAGAGCAAAGGUGAUGAGGGUGAGAAAAGAUUGACCGUUAAGAAGUUCCGGAAGCAUAGAUCCAUAUCAGUCUCUGGUAAACGGAGAGGAAAGUUACCAUCUGACAUCAACAAAGGACUGCAUGGUUCUACUGAAGAUUUUGGCUUUGAUCAUUCUCCAAGAGCUAAUGAGACGAGCAAUGCCAACCAGCCCAGUUUAUCUGAGAACCUAACAAUCUCCAGAGUUCGAGAAUCUGAACAAGAAAGAGAAGGCUUCUCUACAAUGGUUAAGCAGCAGGAUGCUAAAAAGAGACUGCAUUUGGGAGCUAGAGCUGACUGCUAUGCUUCUGACAUUGAAGCUUCAGAUAUGCAGUGUGAGCCCUUUGGCUGUGAUGAUGUUGCAAAUCAACCUUCCAUGGAUAAAGCUGUUAAUGAACAUGGCGGCGGCGAAAAUCUAAUUAUUCAACAUUUGGCACCAGCUUUCAGUCCCAGGUUGACCCCACGGCCAUCUGAGCUAGAACAUGGAGAAUCUUUCUGUGGAUCUGAAGCACCAUUGGAAGGUAGACUGAAUGAUGAGCAAGUUUUGCAAUGUGAUGUUACCCGUAACAAAAUAAUCAACAAGCACAUUGAACAGGUGGGCGAGGAGGGGAACUUAUGCAUACUUAAGCAAUCAGAAGACCAAAGAAGUACUUCCAUCAAAGUGUCUUCUACUUCUCUGAUUGUCCCUGUGGACAUGGUUCUUGGGUUUCCUCAAGAGAAUUCAUCAAUAACCACAUUAAGGAUGACGUCAAGUCAAGAUCGUAAUUUGGCUGGUGGUAUAGAAGCAUCUGGUUCUCUCGCUUCAACUUCCUCAAACAUCUGUCCUUGUUCUCCAGAACUUUCCCAAUCAAAAGAUUCUGAUGCAAAACAAUGUGUGAAAGAUGCUGCUGACCAAGAUAAGUUGAGCUCGAGCUUGUUAAAUAACUCAGUAUUGCCAUGUGUUGCAAGCACCAGAGGAACUGAAGGAAUGAAGUUAAUAAGAAAUCAAGUUAAGGCAAUUGCAGCAGUGACGGAACCUGAAAAGUUGUCACAUGAUCAACCUUGCUACUGCUUUUGCAGGGAAAGCCUUUCACAAGAAUCUCCUCAGCCCUUGAGACAAAGUACUGUGACUAAGUCCAUAUUUUCUUCAAAGGGAAAGCAGAUUGUAUCCAACUUGUGCAUUAGGCCAACCAUCUCCUCGUCUUCUAGUGCUUUCCACUGUUUGAAAACUGGUGAAAUAUCUGCCCCCAUCCUGGAGUCACCUACGGAAUCCAUUUUAGCAGAAGUUUCUUCAGAUUUUGCUUCUAAAAUCCCACCAGGGAGCGAUUUUGGGCCACCAAGCCCAUAUUCUCACGCUCAGGGUCAGGCCACUUCCAAUCCAAUAUUCAGGCUGAUGGGUAAGGAUCUAUUUUUGAAAAAUGAAGAGUUGGCACAACUUCCUAAAGUUCUUCCUUCUGAUUCAGACUAUGCCUCAACAAUGAAAUGUCUACCUCUGGGACUUACUUCCAUGAACAAUGGCUUGAGUAAGAUUAGCUUCUCAUACCAACAACAUCAAAUUCCAAUUGGCUGUGCGGUCCUCAGCCAGGAUUCACCAAAAGCUAAGCAGCAGGUAAGUGGCUUUGUGGGGGUUCCUUCGAUAAAGUCUCAGCAGAAGAGAGGAAAGAAACUCCGUUCUCCUCUGCCAUCUAGCAUAGGGACAACUACCGCAUCUCAACAUCACCAAAAUCCUCUUUCUUCUGUUCAUCCUCCCUACAGAGAUGUAAUUGUAAUUGAUGAUUCUUCUGAAGUUGAGGCUGAACUGAGCAGAAGUGUACCUAGUCCAGCAGUAGCUUUGCCACCAGCUUUUCAAGCUUCCAGUACUCUUAUUCCUCCAAGGCCUUUCUCCUGCUUCCCACCAAAGAGCCCAUAUGUGUCAAGAGAAGUCCGAGGAAUUGUCAGGCCUUCCUACUCUCUGUCACACCCAAUGGCCAAUGCUUAUAUCCCUGUGAAGCAUGAUAACACUUCAGAAGGCUCAGUCCCGCUCAGCUCUUAUAUGUUCCAAUCACCUUCAACAGCCCAUCUGACACCAUCAUUGUGCUAUAGUCGGACCUUCCAAUGAAACUAUCUGAUAAUGGUUGAAAAUUAUCUGGGCCUCAAAAUCUUCCAUUUUGCUUAAAAAAGUUGGCAAUGAAGCCAGGAUCUCCUCUUUUGUAUACAGACUGACUGGUCAUUGAGAUGCAUCAUACUUGACCAGUGCUGAAAGAAUGAAGGCUUAAACCCUGAAUUUUUGAGUUUUAUAAUUGUUUGAAGUUCUAAUGGGACUAUCUUCUCAAAAGCAUGAAAAAUGAUGUCAAUGUUGUCGUUGCCUUUCUGGAAUGCUGGUCUUCAUCUUGUUUGGAGUAUGUUUUAUGUGUAAGCUCAGUUGUAUUAGUACUGAAUGAAAAAAGAGAGUCUUCCAUAUGGCUUUUUUAAGG